AUGCCCAGGCCUACAUACAACAUGGCUAAGGCCAAGACUCAAGACUCAGACCUGCCUGAGCUGAAAUGGAGCUCCUGGACUGGAGGACAGAGAGUGUGGGUAGAAGCCCCAGGUUUAGCCCAGUCAGGUGCAUGGGGUUGCUUUGAUGAAUUUAACCGCAUUGAACUUCCAGUUUUAUCAGUAGCUGCUCAGCAGAUAUAUAUCGUACUUCAGUGUAAGAAAAAUAAGAAACCUCAGUUCAUUUUCACUGAUGGUGAUGUUGUUGACAUGGACAGAGAAUUUGGUAUAUUUCUGACUAUGAACCCUGGCUAUGCAGGACGACAGGAACUUCCAGAAAAUUUGAAAAUUCAGUUUCGCACAGUUGCUAUGAUGGUGCCUGACCGUAGCAUUAUUAUGCGAGUCAAGCUGGCAAGUGCUGGUUUCCGAGACAACCAAGUCCUUAGCCGAAAAUUCUAUACACUCUACAAACUCUGUGAAGAGCAGUUAUCUAAACAGGUUCACUAUGACUUUGGACUUAGAAAUAUCCUGUCUGUUUUAAGAACACUUGGAGCAGUGAAAAGAUCUAAUCCCAAAGAGCCAGAGAAAACUGUAGUAAUGAGAGUUCUGCGGGACAUGAACCUCUCCAAACUGGUGGAUGAAGAUGAACCUUUAUUUAUGAGUCUCAUUAAUGACCUGUUCCCUGGAAUUACUCUGGAUAAAGCUGGGUAUCCUGAACUACAGUCAGCCAUCCAGAAACAGGCAGAGAAAGCAGGGCUUAUUCAUCAUCCACCAUGGAUACUUAAACUCAUUCAACUGUAUGAAACUCAGCGAGUCCGACAUGGUAUGAUGACUCUAGGUCCAACGGGUGCAGGAAAGACAAAAUGCAUUAAUAUUUUGAUGAAAGCAAUGACAGAUUGUGGUGCUCCUCAUAAAGAGAUGAGAAUGAACCCAAAGGCAAUCACAGCUUCCCAGAUGUUUGGUACCCUUGAUGUUGCUACAAAUGAUUGGACAGAUGGUAUUUUCUCUACAUUAUGGAGAAAAACUUUAAAAACAAAGAAGGGUGAGCAUAUCUGGAUAGUUUUGGAUGGACCUGUUGAUGCAAUAUGGAUUGAAAAUCUGAACUCUGUUCUGGAUGAUAACAAGACCCUUACUUUAGCCAAUGGAGAUCGUAUUCCAAUGUCUCCCAGUUGCAAAAUUAUUUUUGAACCUCACAACAUUGACAAUGCUUCCCCUGCAACAGUUUCUCGUAAUGGGAUGGUCUUCAUGAGUUCUUCGGUGUUAGACUGGAAGCCUAUUUUAAGAGCUUGGCUGCAGACGCUACCUGUUACAUACUCUGAUGUCCUAUGGAAUUGCUUUAAUGCUGUAUUUCAGGAUGUGAUAGAUUUCAUUUUCUCUGCUGUGACACCAAAAAUGCCAAUUUUAGAAUGUAUGUACAUCAAACAAGCUAUUGACCUCCUACAGGGUUUAUUGUCUGACCGAUAUGAGAAGCAGCUCAGUGAGGAACAUAUUGCUCGCUUGUUCAUUUUUGCUGUAAUGUGGUCAGCUGGAGCUCUUUUGGAACUGGAUGACAGGCUGAAAAUGGAGCUGUUCCUGCGGAAACACUCCGCAGUGAAAGAACUUCCAGCUGUGAAUGGAGAAGAAACUAUGUUUGAAUUUGGUAUCAAUGCUUGUGGCCAGUGGGAACACUGGUCAAAGAAGGUCCCUGAAUAUAUUUACCCUAAAGAUUCAGUACCAGAAUAUACUUCCAUUCUAGUUCCAAAUGUGGACAGUGUCCGAACAGGCUUUCUAAUGCACACUAUCAUGAGGCAAGGAAAAGCUGUUCUGCUAAUUGGGGAACAGGGAACAGCAAAAACAGUUAUGAUUAAGGAUUACACAAGCAAGUAUGAUCCUGAUGUUCACUUGACCAAAUGCCUAAACUUUUCUUCUGCAACUCUGCCAAAUAUGUUCCAGAGGAGCAUAGAAAGUUAUAUAGAUAAAAGAAUGGGCACCACGUACGGUCCUCCAGCAGGGAAGAAAAUGACUGUCUUUAUUGAUGACAUCAACAUGCCUGUGAUUAACGAGUGGGGUGACCAGAUCACCAAUGAGAUUGUAAGACAGCUGAUGGAACAGAAAGGUUUCUACAAUUUGGAGAAGCCAGGAGAAUUCACAAAUGUGGUUGAUGUCCAGUUUGUAGCAGCUAUGAUUCACCCUGGGGGAGGUCGGAAUGACAUCCCACAGCGCCUGAAACGCCAGUUCACCAUCUACAACUGCACACUGCCUUCCAGUUCCUCUAUUGAUAAAGUAUUUCGAACAAUAGCUGAAGGCUAUUUCUGUGAACAACGAGGUUUCCCUGCAGAAAUAUGUAGACUGGCUUCAGCAUUAGUAUCUACAACUCGAAAGGUUUGGCAAACAACAAAAGCAAAGAUGUUACCAACUCCAGCUAAAUUUCAUUACAUCUUUAAUUUACGAGACCUCAGUCGUAUUUGGCAAGGAAUACUUACAGUUACUUCUGAAGUCUGCCAGAGCAUCAGUGUUUUGGUAGCCUUGUUCCAGCAUGAAUGCAGACGUGUUAUUGCAGACAGGUUCAUCAGCCAAAGCGAUAAAGACUGGUUUGAAGAUAUGAUGGAAAAGAUUGCUUAUGCAGAACAUGGUCUAAAUCUAUUUGAAGAUAAAUCCACAGAAUUAUACUUUGUGGAUUUUUUGCGUGAUGUCCCAGAAGCUACUGGAGAUGAACCUGAUGAUGCUGAGUUGAAUGCUCCUAAAAUUUACGAGCCUAUCCCAUCUUUGGAUUUUUUGGCUGAAAGACUACAGAUGUUCAUGCAACAGUACAAUGAAACCAUCAGAGGAUCAAAGAUGGAUUUAGUAUUUUUCAAGGAUGCAAUCAUCCAUUUGAUUAAAAUAUCACGGAUUAUUCGUACUCCACAAGGAAAUGCAUUGUUGGUGGGUGUGGGUGGAUCUGGAAAACAGAGUCUGACCAGACUAGCAUCAUAUAUUGCUGGAUAUGAGAGCUUUCAGAUUACUUUAACAAGAACAUAUGCCACCAAUAACCUUUUGGAUGAUCUGAAAAUCUUGUACCGCACUGCUGGGCAAAAAGGAAAGGGCAUUGUCUUUAUAUUCACAGACAAUGAAAUCAGAGAUGAAUCAUUUCUUGAAUACAUGAACAAUGUUUUAGCUUCCGGUGAAGUCUCAAAUCUUUUUGCACGAGACGAAAUAGGUGAAAUCACACAAGAUCUGAUACCAGCAAUGAAGAAGGAAUAUCCAAGGCGUACUCCCACUGCUGAAAAUCUUUAUAAUUACUUUCUUGCUCGAGUUCGUAAUAACCUGCAUGUCGUUCUUUGUUUGUCUCCUGUUGGGGAAAAAUUCAGAACUCGUGCACUGAAAUUCCCAGGUCUGAUUUCAGGCUGUACCAUGGACUGGUUCCAGCGCUGGCCUAAAGAUGCUCUUGUAGCAGUUGCACAGCAUUUUUUAGUUUCCUACCAUAUUGAGUGCACAGAUGAAGUGAAACAGAGUGUGGUUAACACCAUGGGAACAUUUCAAGAUAUAGUAGCUGAAAAAUGUGUUGAAUACUUUGAACGAUAUAGGCGACGCACAUUUGUGACUCCAAAGUCUUACCUGUCCUUCAUUGAAGGCUACAAAGCUAUUUACAAAGAGAAGUUUGCCAAUGUUGGAAGUUUAUCUGAACGCAUGAGAACAGGUCUUGCAAAACUGAUGGAAGCUGAGGUUUCAGUAAAUCAGCUCUCCAAAGAGUUGGUGAUGAAGGAGAAAGAUUUGGCUGUAGCUUCAAGAAAAGCUGAUGAAGUUUUAUUGGAAGUAACUAUGAAAGCCCAAGCUGCCGAAAAGGUGAAAAUACAGGUGCAAAAGGUAAAAGACAAGGCUCAGGCCAUUGUGGAUGAAAUUGCCAUUGAUAAAGCAGCAGCAGAAGAGAAACUUGAAGCUGCAAGACCUGCAUUGGAAGAAGCCGAGGCAGCCCUCCAGACAAUAAAACCUUCUGACAUUGCAACUGUUCGCAAACUAGGUAAACCUCCUCAUUUGAUAAUGCGAAUUAUGGAUUGUGUGCUACUUUUAUUCCAAAGAAAAAUAGACUCAGUAACACUUGAUCAAGAACGCCCAUGUGUGAAGCCAUCGUGGACUGAGGCUCUGAAGCUAAUGAAUAACUCAGGAUUUCUUAGCAUGUUGCUUACUUUCCAGAAGGACUCAAUUACAGGAGAAACUGUGGAGCUUUUAGAGCCUUAUUUGGAUAUGGAGGAUUAUAAUCUUGAGAUUGCUAAAAAAGUUUGUGGAAAUGUAGCAGGUCUUUGCUCAUGGACACAAGCAAUGGCUUACUUCUAUGGUAUUAAUAAAGAAGUUCUUCCCCUUAAGGCAAAUUUAGCCUUGCAAGAAGGAAGACUUGCAGCUGCCCAAACAGAAUUGAAUAAUGCACAAAUUCAGCUGGAUGAGAAACAAAUGGAACUGGAUCAAGUACAAGCCAUGUAUGAUACUGCUAUGAAAGAGAAGCAGGCCUUACUUGAUGAUGCUGAGGCAUGCAGAAGGAAGAUGAACAAUGCUACAGCUUUGAUUGAAGGAUUAGGUGGAGAAAAGCUUCGUUGGACAACAAGCAGCAAAAACUUUCAAAAUCAAAUUAUUAAUUUAGUGGGGAAUGUUCUUCUGGCCACUGGAUUUCUCUCUUACUCUGGACCUUUCAAUCAAGAGUACAGGAACUUGCUGCUCCAAUUGUGGAAGAAAGAGAUGGACAACAGCAAGAUUCCUUAUAGUAAUGAUCUGAAUCUUACUGGUAUGCUUGUUGACAAUGCCACAGUGGGUGAAUGGAACCUCCAGGGUCUUCCAAAUGAUGACCUUUCAAUUCAGAAUGGCAUCAUUGUCACAAAAGCAUCUAGAUAUCCUUUGCUGAUUGAUCCACAAGGUCAAGGAAAGAGCUGGAUUAAAAAUAAGGAAAAGAAUAAUGGACUCCAGGUUACAACUAUGAACCACAAGUUCUUCAGAAAUCAUAUAGAAGACUGCCUGUCCCUUGGCCGACCUUUGUUAAUUGAAGAUGUUGGAGAGGAACUUGAUCCUGCUCUAGAUAACAUCUUGGAAAAAAAUUUCAUAAAAUCUGGUUCAGCACACAAAGUGAAACUAGGUGAUAAGGAGGUAGAUCUGAUGAAGGGGUUUACCCUUUAUAUGACAACAAAAUUGGCUAAUCCUGCCUAUACUCCAGAAAUCAGUGCAAGAACAACUGUGAUUGACUUUACUGUUACUAUGAAAGGGCUGGAAGAUCAGCUCCUUGGCCGUGUCAUCCUCACAGAAAAACAGGAACUGGAGGCAGAAAGAGUCAAACUGAUGGAAGAAGUGACAUCUAACAAGAGGAAAAUGCAGGAACUUGAAGAUAAUCUACUCUUACGUUUAACAAGUACAGAGGGUUCUUUGGUUGAAGAUGAGUCUCUGAUAGAAGUCCUAAGAAUCACUAAAACGACAGCAGAAGAGGUCAGUGAAAAAUUAAACAUAGCAGCGGAGACAGAGGUGAAAAUCAAUACUGCACGUGAAGAGUAUCGUCCUGUUGCUGGUCGUGGUAGCAUCCUUUAUUUCCUAAUUGUGGAAAUGAGCUUGGUUAAUGUCAUGUACCAAACAUCGUUACGGCAGUUCCUUGGCAUUUUUGACCUAUCAGUGGAAAGGUCUCAGAAAUCUCAGAUCACAGCAAAAAGGGUAGUAUAUGUAAUUGAGCAUCUCACCUAUGAAGUCUUCAAGUACACAGUUCGAGGGCUGUAUGAAAACCACAGAUUCCUGUUUACAUUGCUUCUGGCACUGAAGAUUGACUUGCAGGCCAAGAAAAUUUCACACACUGAGUUUGAGACACUGAUUAAAGGAGGUGCCAGUUUGGAUCUGAAUUCCGUGGAACCAAAACCAAAAAAGUGGAUUCUUGACGUGACAUGGCUCAAUCUGGUGCAGUUAUCUAGCUUGUACCCUUUUAAUCAACUUCUGGUGCAAGUUGUUAGGAAUGAGAAGUCUUGGAAAGCUUGGUUUGAUGAAGAAGCACCUGAAAAAGCUGUUAUUCCUGAUGGGUAUGACAGCUUACUGGAUCAAUUCCGUAAACUGCUCCUUGUCCGCAGCUGGUGCCCUGAUCAUACUGUUGCCCAAGCUCGACACUACAUUGCAGAAUCUCUUGGAGGGAAAUAUGCAGAAGGAUUUGUUCUUGAAAUGGAAGCAAUGUGGACAGAAAGUGACUGUCGAACACCUUUGACAUGCUUUUUAUCAAUGGGGUCUGACCCCACUGAAAAUAUAGAACGUCUUGCAAAAUCAAAGAACAUUCCCUGUCGUGCCAUUUCAAUGGGUCAGGGCCAGGAAGUCCAUGCAAGGCGCCUGUUAAAUCAAUGCAUGCAAGAUGGAGGAUGGCUCCUUCUACAGAACUGCCACCUUGGCUUGGAGUUUCUUAGUGAAUUAAUGGACACCAUUGCAACAACAGAAUCUAUGAGUGAAGGUUUCAGGACCUGGAUCACUACAGAGGCUCACCCAGAGUUUCCUAUUAAUCUUUUACAGUCCUCUAUCAAAUUUACUAAUGAACCCCCUCAAGGUGUGAAAGCUGGUUUAAAACGAACAUACUCGGCUGUUACUCAGGAUCACCUAGAAGUGAGCAACAUGCCACAGUGGAAACCAUUGCUAUAUGCUGUAGCAUUUCUUCACACAACUGUUCAGGAAAGGCGAAAGUUUGGUCCAUUGGGUUGGAAUAUUCCUUAUGAAUUUAAUCAGGCAGACUUCACAGCCAGUGUGCAAUUUGUUCAGAAUCAUUUGGAUGAUAUGGAUAUUAAAUGUGGAGUGAACUGGAGCUGUGUUCGCUAUAUGCUCGGAGAAGUACAGUAUGGUGGCCGUGUAACUGAUGACCUUGACAAAGCACUGCUGAAUACAUAUGCAAGAGUGUGGUUUGGAGAGCAUAUGUUUAGUGAAACAUUUUGUUUCUACAAAGAUUAUGUUAUUCCAAAAGGGAAAACAGUUGAAGACUAUCUCCAGUACAUAGAGCAAUUGCCAGUGAUUGAUACACCUCAGGUGUUUGGACUUCACCCUAAUGCAGAUAUAACUUACCAGACUAACCUGGCUAAUGAGACAUUAAGUACAAUAGUGAGCAUCCAGCCCAAAGACAGAAGCACUGGAGGAGGGGAAACCCGAGAAGCAGUGGUGCAGCGUCUUGCUGAUGAGAUGCUAGAGAAGUUACCUCCAGAUUAUAACCCUCAUGAGGUGAAAGCCCAGCUUCAAAAGAUGGGAGCUAUUCAACCCAUAAACAUAUUUCUCCGUCAAGAAAUUGACCGCAUGCAACAUGUUAUAUCAAGAGUUAGGACUACACUGACCAAUCUCAAAUUGGCUAUCGAUGGAACUAUAAUUAUGUCAGAAGAAUUGCAAGAUGCUUUAGAUAAUAUGUAUGAUGCUAGAAUUCCAAAACUAUGGUUUAGGAUUUCCUGGGAGUCGGCUACUUUAGGAUUUUGGUUUACUGAGCUUCUUGAAAGAAACCAGCAGUUCAGCAGCUGGCUGCAGGAUGGCCAACCAAAUCUGUUCUGGAUGACAGGAUUCUUUAAUCCACAGGGAUUCCUAACUGCUAUGAGGCAAGAGACAACUCGCAUGAAUUUAGCAAAAGGAUGGGCACUGGACAGUGUUGUUUUACACAAUGAAGUGACCAAGAUGAUGAAAGAAGAUGUUGUUGGCCCUCCUCCUGCUGAUAUAGGCGGGGUUUACAUAUAUGGCCUUUUCCUCGAAGGGGCAGGUUGGGACCGCAGAAACAGUAAGCUGGUUGAGUCGGCACCAAAGGUGCUGUUCACAAGUCUUCCUGUAGUCCACGUGUAUGCUGUUAGCACAGCAGCGCUACAGGACCCAAAGAAGCAACAAGGAAGUGUGUACUCCUGCCCUGUCUACAAAAAGCCUCGGAGAACAGAUCUGACGUACAUUUUCUCCUUGUAUCUGAAAACAGUGCAGAAUCCUGAUCAUUGGACUUUACGGGGGGUUGCGCUGCUCUGUAAUUCGAAAUAAGGACCAACAGAUAGCUAUAA